AUAAACUAAAAAAUGGAACGUUUAAAAAAUAAGUGAACAAAGUAGUACUACUGUAAUGUUACAUAUAUUUUUUUGGAUUCUGAUAUUUAAAAACUUACAAUUACAUUAAAAUUUAUAGAUGUACAUUGCUUUCAGCAUGACAAUCAUGUUAUUUCUAUAUCAUUAUUAAUUAUAAUUUUUUGAUAGGUCAUAGAAGAAAUUUAACUCCGGUAAAGUGAAUAUUUGAAUUAUUGCUAAUAUAUUCAAAAGUUGAACAAUAACAAUGUGUUCAACCAUAAAGAUUUUGUAGAUUUUAAAUCUAUUGUCUGUUAAAUCUGCUGAAGAAAUGUCUAUUAUAGGAUUGAUCCUAGAACUCACCAGAGAAAAAGUUGGAAGAGAAAAUCCAAUCAAUUCAUUUGUAAAAAAAAAAGAAAAAAAAAUAAAAUGAAUUGAAAUAAUUGAGUGUGACAUGAAGUUGUAGUUUAUUUUUAGUAACAAAACCUCUUAACGUCAAUCAUCAAUCGUGAAAAAUUAAAAAUAAAUGAUAAGAGUGAUAAAUCAAAGUUAACAAAAAUAAAAUAAAUAAAUAAUUUUUGGCUGGUAAUUAAUAUUAGCGAUGGAUUUGAUGAGGGAUUGGGUCGAUGGCAUAAAUUGUCACUGGGUAGCGAUGAUUGCUGCUGGAAUGUAUACACACAUGCGAGAAAUAUGUGUAAUUGGAUUGUGCUUUGAAGAAGGCCCGAUCGUACAUCCCUCUUAUUCAUCACUGCUCUUUACUUUUUCAAUUUUGUCUGUCUUUGCUGAACACAAACCCUGGCCGAGGUCUCUAAAAGAGCCGCCUGUUUUUCUCUUAUAUAUUUAUGAGAUGCUGGUGGCUGCUCUGAUAGCAAAUUUAUCAACGCGGGCUAUCUGGACACCGCUGGUCCACGCGACCUGGGCACUGACUCAAGAGUCAAGUAAAUGGCUAAUGUGGAUAAAUUCUCUAAUGGGCUUAGAUCAUUACUCAAUAAUUGCUUAUCUUGCUAAUUUCAUGGCGACGGACGACGCAGCAUCAUAUAUGACGUCAUGUUUAUCAAUAUUGUCAUUCGUGUGGAUGAUGGACGCCACUGAAUCACUUGAUGCUCUGCUCGACUUAAUAUCCAAGUAGAUUUAUAAAUGAAAUAAUAAUAAUUGUCAUUAUAAUGAGUAUUAUAAUAAAUAUAUAAUUAAUAUAAAUAGUGAUUAGUCAAUAGUCAGUUGAGAAUAUCAGUGCAUUGAGAACCAGCGAGCUAUUGUUUUCUUCAGGAUCAAGAUUAUUUAUUUAUGGCUGAUGGGUAAAGGACUUGGCGCUCGAAGAAUUUCGUUUAAAGAUCCUGAAGUUACUGAUUGGUUUUUUUA